AUGAUGCUGUACACGCUCUCUGUACUGACAGUACUGGCUGCAACUGCCACAGCCUCUUACGAUGGCAACAUCAAUUUCAAGAGUCCCUCCUUCGAUCACCCCUCUAUGGGGAUCGAUGUACCGAAGGUGAUGAAAAGGCACCUGCAGAAGCGCGACUACAAAGUCACCAUUGAUCCCAGCAAGCUCAACUUUACCCACGGCGUUGCAUCUGGAGAUCCAUACCCUGAAUCAGUGAUUCUAUGGACUCGCAUCUCACCACAGCUGGAGAAUGACCGUUCAAACGUCACUGUUGCAGGAACUGUACCUCUGUACUCUCACGAGACUGAGGGCUACAUCCGUGCAUCGACCAGCCCAAUCUGUGUUGACUACCAGGUGUCAACCAAUAAGAACAUCACCGGAGGAGUUGUCAGCCAGGGUAGAGCAUACACUACCAGUGACAUCGACUACACUAUCAAAGUUGAGGCUACAGGUUUAUCUCCCUACACUACCUACUACUACCGCUUCAACGUCUGCGGAUCUUCGAAACAGAGUCCUAUCGGUCGUACCAAAACAUCGCCCAGCGAGGACGAUGAUACUACCGAGAUUGGUCUCGCAGUCUUCUCCUGCAGCAACUACCCGAGCGGCUACUUCAAUGCGUACGGAAAUGUUGCCCGCAGAGACGAGGUAUCGUUCCUAGUGCAUUUAGGCGAUUAUAUCUAUGAGAGUACUUCUGGUAUCCUAGGCCAAGAUGCCCGUGCUACAAACCCUCCCCGGACCAUUUUCACCCUGUACGACUACCGUACCAGGAUUGCUCAGUACCGCACCGAUCUCGACUUGACUCUUGCGCACCAGAACUUUGCUUGGAUCACAACUUGGGACGACCACGAGGUCAGCAACAACGGCUACCGUGACGGUUCGUCUGCUGUCAACAACACGGAGAGCUCCUUCAUUCGCAAUGGUGGCGUCUCUGUCGACCAACGCAAGAUGAAUGCGGUUCGCGCUUACUUCGAGUGGAUGCCGAUACGCCAGGUCAACCUGGAUGACAACCUGCGCAUCUGGAGAAACUUCAAAAUGGGAAAGCUGUUUGAUCUGGUAAUGCUAGACACACGAAACUACGACAGGUCCAUUACAGAUUUAAGCUGGAAUACUGACUACGUUACCUCUAUUAGAAACGACGCUGGUAGGUCACUUAUGGGCUCCAACCAGGAAAACUGGUUCUACCGCACGCUCUCGGAAAGCAAGGAGCGUGGCGCUACGUGGCGAAUCAUCGGCAACCAGAUUGUCUUCUCGAGAGUCAACAUCACUUCAUGGUUUGGCUCCGAGACCGAGCCCUACAACGUCGACCAGUGGGACGGCUAUACAUCAAAUAGAAACAGGACAUACCAACACCUCUACGGAAAUCAUAUCGACAACACCAUCAUGCUUGCUGGUGAUUCACAUGCCAACUGGGUUUCGGACCUGCUCUGGGUCGACCCAGACUCUGCACCCUACGAAUCGAUCAACAACGGUGUCGACAUCCCAGCCUACAACCAAGCCACGGGCGAAGGAGCCAUUGGCGUUGAAUUCGCAGUCACAGCCGUAUCAUCGUCGGGCUUCAGCGGCAACAUUGCAGCAACCAACGCGCAAGCCCAGACGCUGGUUCGCGACAACUCCGAACUCAUGUGGAACGAAGGGUAUUUCCGCGGAUACCUCGCACUGUACCUCAACGCCAAGGAAGCACGCGCAGAGUACUACGGCGCCCCUACCGUACGAACGCGCAAUGCGUAUGACAUUCCGCUUGCCAACUUCACCGUCAAGGCGGGUGCCAAUCAUCUUCAGAGGCCGGUUGCAGGCGGCAGCGUCAACUCUGGAUAUCUCAAGAACGCGGACCGGCCGGGUAAGGUCGCGGGCGUAAAUGCCACAACCGCCCUGGACACCAACACUGGGUCGUGGGGUCCUGUGCCGGCUGCUCUGCUUGCGGGUGGGAACUACAUCACAUAUGCAAAGACCAACAGCACGUAG